ACUGUGGGGCUUGUAGUCCCCCCGCCGCCCCGCACAUGGGGGAUGACUACAUUUCCCGAGGGCCCCCCUCCUCCUCCUCCCCCUUCUCCUCCUGUUCACGGGUUUGCUGCGGAUCCGGCUACGGCGGCCGCGGGGAGCCCCGGGACCCCCCGGCUGCGCCCCGGCGGGUAGGGUCCGCCACCCCGAUGCCCGCCGCUCCCCAGAAACUGCAGCGACGUGGCUUUCGAUGUGUCGGAGAGCGCCUGUGGCCAGAGAGGGGCUGCCUGGCCCAGCAAAGCCCAUCUAGCUGACAGUCCUAGGGAUAAAGCCGCUGUCCCACAGCAGAGCCAGCAGAGCCAUGCCCGAGAAGCAUGAGGAUGCCAAAAAGCCGUCAUCGGAGACAGCGCCAGACCAGCGCUGGAAACUACAAGUCUUCUACCUCUGCUUCUAUGGCUUCAUGACGCAGAUCCGGCCCGGGGAGAGCUUCAUCACCCCUUACCUCCUUGGGGCUGACAGGAACUUCACACAGGCAGAGGUGACCAACGUGAUCACGCCAGUGCUGACCUACUCCUACAUGACUGUGCUGGUGCCCAUCUUCCUGCUGACAGACUACCUGCGCUACAAGCCGGUGCUGGUGCUGCAGAGCCUGAGCCACAUCUCCAUCUGGCUGCUGCUGGUUUUCGGUACCUCCGUCCUGGACAUGCAGCUGAUGGAGUUCUUCUAUGGCAUCACCAUGGCCGCACGCAUUGCCUACUCCUCCUACAUCUUCUCCCUCGUCGCCCCGUCUCACUACCAGCGUAUGGCCAGCUACUCCCGCUCUUCCGUCCUCCUGGGCGUCUUCACCAGCUCAGUGCUGGGCCAGCUUUGUGUCACAUCGGGUAGUGUCUCCUUCCUCACCCUCAACUACGUCUCAUUGGGCUUCGUCAGCUUCGGCCUCAUCCUCACCAUCUUCCUUGAGCGGCCCCGGCGCAGCCUCUUCUUCAACCGGCCUCAGGGGGCUGGUGAUGGGGCUGUGCCCACUGAGCUGGACAAGAUGGCUGGGGGGGACGGUGGUGGGGGAAUGCAGGGCUGGCAGGAGGCAACGCUGUGCCGUAUGCUGCGGGAGGUGGGAGCGUUGGCCACGCAACCCCAGCUCCGGCUCUGGUCCCUCUGGUGGAUCUUCAACUCAGCUGGGUACUACCUGAUGCUGUACUAUGUGCAGAUCCUCUGGAAUGAGAUCUACCCUGCCAUGGACAACCGCCGGGUGUACAACGGAGGGGUGGAUGCCGCCUCCACGCUGCUGGGGGCCAUUGCCUCCUUUGCUGCUGGCUAUGUGAAGAUCCGCUGGACGCUGUGGUCAGAGCUGGUGAUCGGGGUGGUGACGGCUUUCCAGGCAGGGCUUCUCCUGCUCAUGAACACUACGAGCAACAUCUGGCUGUGCUACGCCGCCUACGUCCUCUUCCGUGGCUCUUACCAGUUCCUGGUGCCCAUUGCCGUUUUCCAGAUUGCUACCUCCCUCUCCAAAGAGCUCUGCGCACUGGUCUUCGGGGUCAACACCUUCUUCGCCACCGUGCUGAAGACCAUCAUCACCAUCAUUGUGGCUGACAAGAGGGGCUUGGGCUUGUCUGUGCAUCCCCAGUUUUAUGUGUAUUUUGGCUACUUCACACUGAUGGCAGUGCUCUACCUGCUGGCAGCCAUUGGUGUGGGCAUCCGGCACAGGCGCCACAAGCAGCCAGUGGAGCUGGCCGUGGACAAGGAGCCAUGCCAGCUCCCUGCUGAGAUGCCAGCGCAGGAGAAAAGCCCAGAGGCAGAUGCCGUGCGAGCCUGAGCGCCAGCACCAUCACCAGCACAGCCAGGUCCCUGCUCCAUAAGCGUCACCAUCACCACGUGCUUCGUCUCCUGUCCCACCAGCGGUCCUUGGUGCUAGCCUGUUGAGGAUGUACUCCUUAGGACCUGCUUUCUGCUCCAUGGGUGCAGGGGCUGUGCCCCCCCAGCUACAAACACAACCAGAGCAGGGGCAGGAUGCCAGUGGCUGCCAUCGCCGAGAUACAGGUGGGCUCUGGAUGGUCUCCUGGCCACCGACUCUGUUAUCAUCAUGUGGAGCCAGGCUACAAGAGAAUAAUGUUUCUUUAUUCAGUGCCUUCAGAAAAUGGUUUAUAGGACACAACUGACAAAAAAAAAAUAUAAAGAUCCACAGGCUUUAAAUUGCAUUAAUUACACAAAAUACAGUAGACUGUAAGAAAUAGAGACCGUGUGACUCGCACAGCUUUUAUGGUAAUAAUUUCCAUACAAUAAUAAAAAGCUAGUUACAGAUUUA